AUGAAGAAACACUACAAUCAUAAGGUGGAUGUCUACAGCUUCUCAAUGGUCCUUUGGGAGUUGCUCAUGAACAAGACUCCAUUCAAGGGGAGGAACAACGUAAUGGUGGCAUACGCUGCAGCUACAAACUUGAGGCCUAGCAUUGAUAACAUUCCAAAGGAUAUUGCUCCUCUCUUGCAGUCCUGUUGGGCAGAAGACCCAUCGGACCGACCAGAAUUCAUCCAAAUCACAGACUUCCUUUCAAACUUCCUCCACUUCAUGUGUCCACCGCAGACCACACCACCGAAGCUGUUUGAGGUUGAACAUCCAAAGAUCAUAAUAACAGAAGACUCUCCAGGCACUGUUCAUCUAACCAACAAGUGUGACAAGAACAAGUGGAGGACCAAGAGCCGAUGCCGCCGAUUCCUGCAUUGCUUAGGUGACUGUUUCUGAUGGGGCUGAGAGACUCGUCGUGGUGGUAGAUUCUGAGUUUUUUUGUAAACAUUUGUUUCUUCAUUCUCAUACAUGUAGAACAAAAGGGAUCAUGCAUUACAAUCGAGUUUGCAUUUGUCAUUAUGGACAUUGUAUAUAAAAUUAUAGAAAUCAUAGGAGAAAAAGAAAGAAAUGUAUUAGAUAAUAUCAAGUUGCUUCCAUUCCCUCAACUCAGUUGGUUU